CCAACUGAGCCACCCAGGCGCCCCAGUCUUCUAUUUUUAAAAGCAUGCUGAUCCCAUUUUCAAUGAAGAAUUGCUUCCAGUUACUUUGUAACCUCAAGGUCCCAGCAGCUGGCUUUAAGAACACAGUAAAAAGUGGGCUCAUUUUACAGUCCAUUUCCAGUGAUGUUUAUCAAAAUCUGGCUGUAGAAGACUGGAUCCAUGACCACAUGAAUCUAGAAGGCAAGCCGGUUCUUUUCUUGUGGAGAAAUUCCCCCUCUAUUGUAAUAGGUAGGCAUCAGAAUCCUUGGCAGGAAUGCAACCUGAAUCUGAUGAGAGAAGAAGGUAUAAAACUGGCUCGGAGAAGAAGUGGAGGAGGAACAGUCUACCAUGAUAUGGGUAAUAUCAAUUUGACUUUUUUUACAACCAAAAAAAAGUAUGAUAGAAUGCAGAACCUAAAAUUAGUUGUGAGGGCUCUGAAUGCUGUCCAACCCCAGCUGGAUGUACAGGCCACCAAAAGAUGUGACCUUUUACUGGAUGGACAGUUUAAAAUCUCGGGAACAGCUUCUAAGAUUGGCCGGACUACUGCUUACCACCACUGCACUUUAUUGUGUAGUACCGAUAGAACCUUCUUGUCGUCUUUGCUGAAGAGCCCUUACCAAGGGAUCAGGAGCAAUGCCACUGCUAGCAUACCUUCCACAGUAAAAAAUCUUUUGGAAAAAGAUCCCACUCUGACCUGUGAAGUACUCAUGAACGCUAUUGCGACAGAGUAUGCUGCUUAUCAUCAAAUUGAUAAUCAUAUCAACCUAAUAAACCCAACAGAUGAGACACUGUUUCCUGGAAUAAAUAACAAAGCCGAAGAACUACAGACCUGGGAGUGGAUAUAUGGCAAAACUCCAAAGUUUAGUAUAAACACUUCCUUUAAUGUAUUAUAUGAACAGUCGCAUUUGGAAAUUAAAAUAUUCAUAGACAUAAAGGGUGGAAGGAUUGAAAUCUGUAAUAUUGAAGCACCUGAUCAUUGGUUGCCACUGGAAAUAUGUGACAAAUUAAAUUCAAGUUUUAUUGGCAGUAAGUUUUGCCCAAAUGAAAUUACUGUGCUAACAAAUAUUUUCCAUAGAACAUGUCCAGAAGAUGAUGAACUACACAGUAAAUGGAAUAUUCUCUGUGAAAAAAUUAAGGGAAUAAUGUGAUUCCAAAUAAAUUUAAUAUUUACAGUUUUUAUGAGAUAAUAAAAUGUUCAAAGUACAUUGUAUGUC